CUUUCCUCCCACCUCCAUCGCCGCCACUCCCUCAAAACUCAGGCGCUCAAAGUCCUCGUCGCCUCGCUCGCGCCACGUCUCCGCGCCGCCACUGAGAGCCGGACUAGCAGCAUAAGCUGCUAAGCUUGCACUAGAAGGAGGGAUGGGAGGCGGCAGGAAGCGCGGGCGGUCGCAGCGCCGACACUUCAAGCAGGGGCGCGAGAACGUCUGGAAGGACAACCCCCAGCGCCCUCCCGCCGGCGGCGGCGGCGGAGACCAAGGCGCCGCAGGGAGCGGCGAGGGGCGCGAGGGAAACGACUCCUGGCAGCCGUUCUCCACCGAGAACCCGGCCUUCGAGGCCUACUACAAGGAGCAGCAAAUUGUUCCUGAGGAAGAGUGGAAUGACUUCAUGAGCAUGCUCCGGAAGCCAUUGCCAGCCGCUUUUAGGAUUAAUGCGAGCUGUCAAUUUUAUCAAGACAUUUGUUCACAGUUAGAAAAUGACUUCAGGAAGUCGUUGGAGACGGAGGUUAGUGAUGAGCAUGAAAAAGAUGCUAUUCGUCCUUUGCCUUGGUAUCCUGGCAAUCUUGCAUGGCAUUUGAACUUUUCUCGAAUGCAGCUGAGGAGAAACCAGGCACUUGAGAGUUUUCAUGAAUUCUUGAAGCAAGAGAAUGAAGUUGGCAAUAUAACUAGGCAAGAGGCUGUCAGCAUGGUCCCACCUUUGUUUCUGAACGUGCAACCCGACCAUCAUAUCCUUGACAUGUGUGCCGCUCCAGGGUCUAAAACUUUCCAGCUACUUGAGAUGAUCCACCAGUCAACAAAGCCUGGAGUGCUUCCAAAUGCCAUGGUGGUAGCUAAUGAUGUCGAUGUGCAAAGAUGCAAUCUUCUUAUUCAUCAGACAAAGAGAAUGUGCACAGCCAACCUGAUAGUGACAAAUCAUGAAGCCCAGAACUUUCCUGGCUGCAGUCUUACAAAGUUUUGUCCCGAAACAUAUUUAGACGAGUCCAAACCGCAGAGGUUGGAAUUUGAUCGUGUACUGUGUGAUGUGCCAUGUAGUGGUGAUGGGACUGUCCGUAAGGCUCCUGAUAUGUGGAGAAAGUGGAAUGCUGGUAUGGGGAAUGGACUUCAUCGUCUCCAAGUUGAAAUAGCUAUGCGUGGUAUUGCUUUGCUUAAAGUGGGCGGAAGGAUGGUGUACUCAACGUGUUCAAUGAAUCCUGUUGAAAAUGAAGCUGUUGUUGCUGAGAUCCUGCGGAGAUGCGGAGAUUCUGUUGAACUCCUUGAUGUUUCUAAUGAGCUUCCUGAAUUGGUUCGCCGUCCUGGACUUAGCACCUGGAAGGUACGAGAUAGAGGGUCUUGGUUGGGCACUCAUGAAGAUGUCCUUCACUACAGGAAGAACGCGAUAUCACCAAGUAUGUUUCCCUCAGGUAAAGGUAGCACGGAUAACCGUAAGGUUGGUGGCAGUGGGGAGCUCAACAUGGAUGUGGCCGAUGCAGACAUGGACUCAGGGGAUAUGGUAGAGAGGAAAGAAGAAUCAAGAAUAGCGAUCAAUGGCAGCAAUAAUGGUGAAACCAACAUUGAAGAGAUAAACCAAGUUGAAUCUGAGUCCGGUGAAGUUCCAAGGGACUCUGAAAAAAAAUCAGAUUCUACCUCCAUCUGUACAGAGCAUUCAAAUUUGCCACUACAUCGUUGCAUGAGAAUUGUUCCUCAUGACCAAAACAGUGGAGCAUUUUUUAUUGCAGUCCUUCAGAAACUCUCUGUUCUCAAUGAGAACCAGGUGGUAGAAGUGAUGAAAGGUGAGCACAGUAUCUUGAAAGACAGGGCUGUGAAACCUGUGGAUAGUCCAGGCUCAGAUAAGGUGCCGUCUGAAGAAAUCCCAGUUCACCAGCAAGGGGUUGAGGGCAGCCAUGUUUCGGGUAAACAACAAAACGGAGACAUGGAUGCAAUUUCAAAAGAUAAGGCCUCUGAGGAAGGUAGUGUAAUCGUUAAUGAGACACAAAAUGAUGAAGCAGCAACAAGAGAUAAGAGGAAGACACAGAAUCAAGGAAGAUGGAGAGGGGUUGAUCCUGUGAUAUUUUUCAGAGAUGAAGCGACAAUCACAAGCAUAGUAUCUUUCUAUGGUAUCAAGGAUUCAUUUACCCUUGAGGGUCAUCUUGUGACUAGAAACCCUGAUACUAAUCAUGUUAAAAGAAUAUAUUAUGUGUCAAAAUCAGUUCAAGAUGUUUUGGAGCUCAAUGUAAAAGUUGGCGAGCGGCUAAAGAUUACCUCACUUGGCCUAAAGAUAUUUGAAAGACAGUCGUCAAAGGACGGUUCACCAUGCACAUUCAGGUUAUCAUCUGAGGGAUUGCCUCUGCUGCUUCCCUACAUCACCAAACAGAUUCUAUAUGCAUCUGCAUUGGACUUUCAGCAUCUUUUGCAGUACAGAAUCAUUAAGUUUCCAGAUUUUGUGGAUGCAAAAUUCGGUGAGGAAGCUUCAGCUUUGCUACCAGGUUGCUGUGUCGUCGUAUUACGUGAAGGGCAUCAGCACAUAGAUUCAAUAGCCACGGAUCCCUCUGCAAUCGCUAUUGUUUGCUGGAAAGGAAAGACCAAUUUGUGUGUCAUGGUUUCUCCCCUGGAUGGAAAGGAGCUGCUUGAAAGGGUUUCAUUGCGCUUUGGGCUCAAAGUCCCUAAAGCCGAUGAUAGAAAAACUAAGCUGAAGGUUGAUGGAUCAGACGAGCAGCUUGAUUGUGGUGCUGAGACGGUAGAUCCAGAAUGUAAGCCUGAAAGCAAAGCAUCAGACAUGGACAUCUCAGAUGUUAAGGAGGUCGAGUAGCUUGGCUCACACCCUUCUAGAUCGCAGAUUAUAUCUGGACGAUCCAGCAGAGUCCCACUACUUCACUACCUGUACGAGUUGAUGAUUAUUCUAGUGAUUGGGGUUGCCAUUUUUACCUGCUGGCAUUUCUACCGGAUUUACAUGCCAUUAAACCUACUCCGCAUACAUGGUGCUAGUUGCCCCCCUGUAACGUGUCAGUUUGCUUUUCUUUGAGAAGAUGUGAUGUGGGGCACAACAGUGUCGCGAUGAACUCUGAACGCAAGAGCUAUUAAUUUCUUAGACAUCUUGAACUGAUGUGUAGCCGUAAUUUUUUGCGACAUCUAGAUCUGAAGUUGGACGAGUACGGCUGACUUUUCGUGCGUAA